AUGGCGAAGAAACGCAUCAAGAAGAAGCAGAGGGCUAGAAAGUUGGCGGCAGAGGCUGCUGCCAAGAAGCAAGCGUUGGAGAAGAAGGAGGAGGUGCUUCGCUUAGAGGCCAAACGGGCGAGGGAUUUGGCGCUGGCUAGCCUGUUGAGCAGGCGGCAGAGGCUGGGAGGGCAAGCCGAGGGACUGGCUGAAGGAGAGAGAAAAGAGGAGCAGGCGCAACGGGGUGCGCGGAUAAGUGCGGUGCCGGGUCGUGAGGAGGCGGAGCCACAGGUGCUGGAGCAGGAGCAGCAGGAGCAGCAGGAGCAGCAGGAGCAGCAGGAGCAGCAGGAGCAGCAGGAGCAGCAGGAGCAGCAGGAGCAGCAGGAGCAGCAGGAGCAGGUCGUCGAUGAGGCCGAUCAGACUUUCGGGGACGAGACGGUGGAUGCUGUCAAACGCGCAGAAUUGCCCGAUGAUGAUCACAUCAUCAAGCGGUCAUCCGACGUUCCUCCAUCUCUGAAAAAGUAUUGGCAAAAUAGACAUCAUCUAUUCUCCCUGUUCGAUGAGGGACAUGGUAUUCACUUGGACAGCGAGAGCUGGUACAGCGUCACUCCGGAAGCUAUCGCUUCUCGCGUCGCUCAUAGAUGCAUCACUUCCAUCAUUGCUCAUCGACACGAGCGAUUGGCCCAAGUAGAGGUGCUGGAUGGCGAUGUCACGGUGCUAGAUGCGUUUGCGGGAGCGGGUGGAAAUAGCAUAGCUUUCGCUAGAGCUGGCAUGCGAGUGACGGCCGUCGAUAUUUCAGCGAGCAAGCUCGCAUUGCUCAAGCACAAUGCCCUUGUGUACGGGCAAGAGGUGGCGGAUCGAAUAGAGACCAAGUGUGCAGACUUCUUUGAUUAUGCGCAAGGAUGCCUUGGCGGCGAUGGGCGGUUGGCUGUAGAGGGAUACGACGCCGUCUUCUUGUCGCCUCCCUGGGGCGGCGUAGAUUACCUCAAGCUGUCCACUAGCUCACCAGCGGACUCGACGUCCGCGGUCAGCCAAGCACCCAGGUACGAUUACUACCCAUUGCAAUCCAUCUGCGCGCCGCACGGGCUCGAGAAGAUGAUCAAGUGCGCAUCCAAAUUGGAUCGCAACGAGCAAAACAAUAUUGUCCUUUUCCUCCCACGCAACACAUCCCUCUGCGACCUGUUCGACCUCGCCCAACGAGCGCUACGAGCCACUGACAACGCCGACGACGAUGACGAAGAUGCUGGUGCUCUUUCUCAACACUUUUUGCCAAUGUCCUUUUCGAGCGUCAAGGAUAGUAGGCAGAGCGCCAAUGUCUCAGAGAGAAAGAUGGACGUGGAAGAACAGUGGAUGGGUUGGAAGUUGAAGGGAAUCACGGUUUAUCUCGGAAGACUCGCUAGCUCGUGGGAAGAACCCUUUAGGGAGGACUAUGGAUGGUUCGAACAUCAAGAAUGA